AUAUUACACCGGAGCAGGGAAAACAAGUUAUCUCAUAGUCGCGGUUCGUAGUCCGAUCUCGGCAGAUUAAAUACAAACAAAUCCAAAACAACAACACCCCAAAAACAUUCUUCACUGAAGAAGGAAAACAGAAUUUGUUUCGUUAUCAAAAUUACAGCUUGGAAAUAAAAAAACGUUUCCUGCCAGUCAGUUUCCAUGGCUACUACUGCUGUGCCAGAUGUAUCGCUGCCAGUUCGACGUGUGGUGAACAAGAGGAAGAGGACGGUUCCAAAGCGAAGUGACACUGUACUGUGUGAGUCCCCACCUGGUGACUGGACUACUUCAGACACGGUUUAUACCACUUGUCACCCAACAGAGAAGGCUGUUGCUUCUUGUCGUGAUGACUCGAAUGAUGCAUCUGACAACAAUACAUUAGAAAACUCUUCCUCUCCACACAGUGAUAUAUCUGCUGCUUCUAGUGACACAGAUCCACACCAUACAGAGAUUAAUAGUCACAGUAAACAGUCUGAUCCACGUCCCACACAUGAACCUGAUAGUAAAGGUAAUGUCAACAGCAAUUCAGACAACGAUAUGGCCAGAAAUAAAGAUUUUGUGGACAGUUAUGAUGUGGGCAAUGUUGUUGUUAGUAAUGGUGGAAGUUUUGAUGAUGACGAUUCAGCUGCUUCGUCCUUCAGUGAAGUUCAAGUUGGACAGGGGAGCAGCAAUGAUGUCCAUGGUGGUUCCUCGUCGCCUAGUUGCAAUUCCGAUGGUAUCGAUCUAAACAAUGGCAACGGGUCUGGUUUGUCAAGUAAUGAAACUGAUAGUGAAGAUGAAUUGAAAAAUAAGGAUGGUUCGGCUGCGAAUGUGCACACUGAUGUACAGAACAAUGAUGCGGAAGCUUGCGUCCAGACGAAACGUUUCAUGUGCGGCAACUGUGGUUUGGAAUACUCCAGCAAAUUAAAGUUCGAGCGACACCUUUUGUCUCACUCGGCGGAGAAAGCGUACAAAUGCAAGGUGUGCGAGCGGGAGUUCUUCGAAGACCUGUCCCUGAAGCGCCACAUGUACACCCAUCUGGAGAACUCGUCCUGGAUGUGUCCCGAGUGCGGCAAGGUCUUCGCGAACGCCAAGUUGUUGAAGAGCCACGUGGCUACACACACGGGCGUCAAGGCGUUCCGCUGCUCGCAGUGUGGCAAGUACUACUCACAGAAGUCCGGGCUGGUCAGACACGAAGCGACUCACGGCGAACUGAAGCCCUUCCCUUGCACCAUCUGCGGCCAGACGUUCAGCGCCGCCUAUACGCUGAAGCACCACGUCGACAUUCACCUGGGCCAGAGCACCUACGAGUGCAGCGUGUGUGGCAAAUGUUUCACCCAGCAGGGCAACCUGACGGCGCACGAGCGCACGCACACGGGCGUCAAGCCUUACCCCUGCGACAUAUGCGGACAGGCGUUUUCCCACCUGUGUGCCCGGAAGCGACACAUGCGCACGCACACCGGGGAAAAGCCGUACCGGUGCGAGGUCUGCAACCGGAAGUUCGGCUACCCGUACGCGUUGUCGCGUCACCGACGCGUGCACUCCACGGACAAGAGAUUCAAGUGUGACGUGUGCACCGAGGCGUUCGCGGACUUCAAAGAGUUGAAGAAGCACGCGCGCUCCCACGCCAACGAAAAGAGUUUCAAGUGCGAGUUCUGCCCCAAGGAGUUCAGUUAUUACGGCGCGUACGCGUCGCACAAGCGGAAACACACGGGCGAGAAAGACUACACGUGCAAGGACUGCGGGGAGAGUUUCGACCACUACACCAGGUACAAACGACAUCGCGCCUCCCGACACGGCGGGAAGAAACCCGACGUGCCGCUCAGUAAGAGUGACGGGUCCUGAUUGGAUGUGUUAAAGAAGCACCAUGAGCCUUACGGAAAACGUUUCAGACACUAUCGUGUUAGUGGUGGGUGAGCGUCAACCAGCCAUCAAAUAAUACUCAGUGUAUUUAACCAGCUACAGAUUAUAAGUUAUUUUGUGAGUGUGUUAUGGACAUAAAAUAGAGAAAACAAUCUGCUCGAAUAAACUCUCCCCACCCCCCAUACCAGGCACGGAUCCAAGGGGAGGGUGCUAGGAGUGCGCGCGCAGAUACACCCUGUGGAUUUGAAGCACCCAUCAAAAUCCAUUGUUUAGCAGAUGGAUACAAUGCGUUUAUUGAGUUUUUCAGUGGGGAACAUGUAAUAUUUUGGUCAGCUUCAUAUUUCUGUGGACGAUUACCAGAUAUGUUAGCGUACUUUUCAAUACUGUUAUGUAGGUGACCAUCUUAACCUUAUGUUCCCUCCCUGAAUACACCCUCCCAAAGAAAAAAUUCUGCAUUCGUAUCUGAGUACCUUCAACAACGCAUCUUGGGGAAAAAAAGAAGACCAGAUAAAAUAUAUAUUCUUUAUCCGAGUUCAACAUUCACUUGAAUACAGUCAGCCCCCCCCCCCCAAACCCCCUCACCCCCCCUCCCCCCCCCCCCCCCCCCCCCCGCGCGACCGCCUUCUCACAAUAUGUUUGAAGUGACAGGCCGCCAGACAAACAGAACUAGUGUUUUCUUUCACAACCUCCGUGUGGUUGUCUCUGAACUACUUGCGCUGAUUUACGAUGUCUUGGAAACAUUCCGUCUCGGAAAGGUAAUUGAGAUUAGCUCUCAACGCGUAUUCCGAUUCAAUCACUUAUGCAAAUGGCUUGAGUAGUUUCCUUGUAUGCGUAUCUGAUUAUUAUAUGCGUAUCCGAUUAUUAUAUGCGUAUUUGAUUAUUAUAUGCGUAUUUGAUUAUUGUAUGCGUAUCCGAUUAUUGUAUGC